AUGAGUAGCUCAGAAGACAGCGGGAGCAAAGGCUCGACGGGGCCCCUUUCCAGCUUCACCAUCCGCUCCAUUCUAGGCACGCCAUCCGAAGCGAGCCCGACACCGCUCGCGCUUCAGCACGCGCCGCCUGCGCUGCCGCCGCAUCCGGGUGCGAAGGAGCUUGCCGGGGCACUUGCAACGGCGCGGAGGAGGACGCUGUCCGUGUCAUCCGAGGAAGAGUGCAGCGGCGGGGAGGACUCGGCCGACUGCUUCUGUUCCGAGCCGGCCCGCGGACACGCGUGUGGCCAGAACCGCACGCAGAACGCCUUCUCCUACUUAGGUCCUGCCAAAGGGCUCUUAUCAACAAACGAUGGCCUGUCGAGGCGGCCGCCCCUGCUGCAUGACUACAACAAGGAGGAGGAGCAGGAGCGAGCCAUGCUGUCCCCCCUGUCCGAGGAGAGGCAGUCAGACACAGGCGACAAGCACCCCCAGGGCUCGUCGGCCAAGAAGAAGACGCGCACAGUCUUCUCCCGCAGCCAAGUGUACCAACUAGAGUCCACAUUUGACAUGAAGCGGUACCUGAGCAGCUCAGAGCGCGCCUGCCUGGCAUCCAGUCUGCAGCUGACCGAAACGCAGGUCAAAACGUGGUUUCAGAACCGCAGGAAUAAAUGGAAGCGACAGCUCUCGGCUGAGCUGGAGGCGGCCAACAUGGCGCAUGCCUCGGCACAGACUCUGGUAGGCAUGCCGCUGGUUUUCCGGGAGAACUCCGUUCUGCGCUUCCCAGUGCCCCGCUCCAUUGCCUUCCCCACACCCCUCUACUAUCCUGGCAGCAAUCUGCCAGCCCUGCCUUUGUACAACCUGUACAAUAAGGUCGACUACUAA